AAUUUAUCCACUCACUAUUAUCACACUACUUUCAAAAGCUUCAUGAUUCCUUUUCCUUUCCUUUUCUUGGCUCAAUCAUUUUUUUGAUUUUUUCUGCAUGAAACACGUGUUACUUAUAUAUCACAUCACAUAGACACAUACACAUACCAGUAAAGUUCUUCACUUCACCGCUUUUUCUUCCUCUGUUUUUCGUACUCUGUUUUGCUUGCUCUGUUUUUCCUCUGUUCUUGUCCUUUUUUUUCCCUCUUCAUGGCUCCUCCCAAUGAACCAGUGAAUUCUAGAACCCUUGAUCUCAUCAAAACAGAUUCUUUAUUUGAUUUAUGUGAAGGAAAAUUUACUGUGAAAGGUGUUCCUUUGUUGCAUGAUGUUCCUGAAAAUGUGUUUUUCAGUUCUUUUUCUUCUAUUUGCAAACCCUCUGAAUCUAAUGCACCACCUUCACUCCUUAAAAAAAUUCUUGCUUUUUCUCACAAAGGUGGUUUCUUUGGAUUCAACCAUGAAACCCCAUCUGAUAGAUUGAUGAAUUCAUUGGGUAGUUUCAAUGGAAAAGACUUUGUGAGUAUUUUCAGGUUCAAAACAUGGUGGUCUACUCAAUGGGUUGGAAAAUCUGGUUCUGAUUUACAAAUGGAAACUCAAUGGAUUCUUUUAGAAAUCCCUGAAAUCAAAUCAUAUGUUGUAAUCAUUCCAAUAAUUGAAAAAGGAUUUAGAUCAGCACUUUUUCCUGGUUCUAAUGACCAUUUUAUGAUUUGUGCUGAAAGUGGUUCAACAAAGGUGAAAGAAUCAAGUUUCAAUUCAAUUGCUUAUGUUCAUUUUAAUGAAAAUCCUUAUGAUUUGAUGAAAGAAGCUUAUAGUGUUUUAAGGGUUCAUCUCAACACUUUUAAGCUAUUGGAAGAGAAAACAAUCCCAAAUUUAGCCGAUAAAUUUGGUUGGUGCACUUGGGAUGCUUUCUAUUUAACUGUUAAUCCUGUUGGUGUUUUUCAUGGUCUUGAUGAUUUUACAAAAGGCGGUGUCGAACCAAGGUUUGUUAUCAUUGAUGAUGGAUGGCAAAGUAUUAGUAUAGAUGGUGCUAAUCCUAAUGAAGAUGCUAAGAAUCUUGUUCUUGGUGGUGAACAAAUGACUGCAAGACUUUAUAGGUUUGAUGAAUGUGACAAGUUCAAGAAAUAUGAAAGUGGUUUGUUAUUAGGUCCUAAUUCACCUCCUUUUAAUCCAAAAACUAUCAAGGAGUUGAUUACAAAGGGAAUUGAACAUGAACAUUUAGGUAAGCAAAGAGAUAAAGCUAUUCUAUCUAAAAGUUCUGAUUUGGCUGAGAUUGAGUCAAAAAUCAAGAAAGUAAUAAAAGAAAUUGAUGAUCUCUUUGGUGGAGAUCAAAGUAGUACUAGUAGUGUUCCAAAAAGUGAAUGUGGAAGCUUGUGUUGCAAGAAAAAGGAGUAUGGAUUGAAGGCUUUCACAAAAGAUUUGAGGACUAAGUUCAAAGGUUUAGAUGAUGUUUAUGUUUGGCAUGCACUUUGUGGUGCUUGGGGAGGUGUAAGGCCAGGAACUACACAUCUUAAUACCAAAAUUGUCCCUUGCAAACUUUCUCCUGGUCUUGAUGGGACAAUGGUGGAUCUUGCUGUGGUGAAACUUGUUGAAGGUUCAAUUGGGCUAGUUGAUCCUAAUCAAGCCAAUGAUUUUUAUGACUCCAUGCACUCUUAUCUUGCUGAAUCUGGUGUCACAGGAGUCAAAGUUGAUGCCAUUCAUUGUCUUGAAUAUGUGUGUAGUGAACAUGGAGGCAGAGUUGACCUUGCCAAAGCUUACUAUGAAGGGUUGACAAAAUCCAUUGCCAAGAAUUUUAAUGGAAAUGGAAUCAUUGCUAGCAUGCAACAGUGCAAUGACUUUUUCUUCCUUGGAACAAACCAAGUUUCUAUGGCAAGAGUUGGGGAUGAUUUUUGGUUCCAAGAUCCUAAUGGUGACCCAAUGGGAGCAUUUUGGUUACAAGGUGUACACAUGAUUCAUUGUUCCUACAAUAGCUUAUGGAUGGGGAAUAUGAUUCAGCCAGAUUGGGACAUGUUCCUAUCAGACCAUAUUUGUGCUAAAUUUCAUGCUGGUUCAAGAGCUAUUUGUGGUGGUCCAAUUUAUUUGAGUGAUAGUGUUGGUUCUCAUGACUUUGAUUUGAUUAAGAAACUUGUGUUCCCUGAUGGUACAAUCCCAAAGUGCAUACAUUUUCCUCUUCCAACUAGAGAUUGUCUUUUCAAAAACCCUCUUUUUGACCAAACAACUGUUCUCAAAAUUUGGAACUUCAACAAGUAUGGAGGUGUGAUUGGUGCUUUCAACUGUCAAGGGGCAGGAUGGGAUCCAAAAGAGCACAAAUUUAGGGGCUUCCCUGAAUGCUACAAGCCAAUAACUGGAACUGUGCAUGUAACUGAAGUUGAAUGGAAUCAGAAGAAAGAAGCAUCUGAUUUGGGCAAGGCAGAAGAAUAUGUAGUCUACUUCAAUCAAGCUGAAGAACUUUCUUUCAUGACUCAAAAAUCUGAACCAAUUCAAUUUACAAUUCAACCAUCCACAUUUGAGUUAUAUAGUUUUAUUCCUGUCACAAAGCUAGGUGGCAGCAUCAAAUUUGCACCAAUUGGGUUGACUAACAUGUUCAAUAGUGGUGGAACAAUUCUUGGUUUGGAAUAUGUUGAAAGUGGUGCUAAGAUUAAGGUUAAAGGUGGUGGAAAUUUUCUUGCUUAUUCAAGUGAAUCACCAAAGAAGUUUCAAUUGAAUGGUUCUGAUGUGGAUUUUAAGUGGCUGAGUGAUGGAAAAUUGUCUCUCAAUCUUCCUUGGAUUGAAGAGGCUUGUGGGGUUUCUGAUUUGUCAAUUUUGUUCUAGACUAUAAUAUUAGUAUUACAAAAAUAAUAUGCUUUUGGUUUUUGAAUAAGUGGGUAAUCGAGUUUAAAUCUCAAAUCUUAUAUAUAAAGUGAGAUGUCCCUAUUGAAUUAAUUAUGUUCACGAGAACUUUUUUGUUUCUUUUGACGCGAACUUUUUUGUUUCUUAUAUGCCAAGAAAUGGAAGUUAAUUUAUUUAUGAACAUAUUUGUACUCUUUAAUUGCUGGUUGUCGUGCUGAUAGGGUAGCACUAGUACGUGUUGCGCUGAGAUGUUCUUGUAUAUAAUAAGUGUCACACUCACACAUGUAAGAAAAAGUAGAGAAAAUUUUGGUUGAAUCAUCCGAUCAUUUCAAAACAUUGUUAUGUAAGGUGGUGGUUUUCUCUUAGCAAUUGCUCCUUAAUCUAUUGUCUGUCAGCGAGGAGGAAUUUGUGGAGGCUGGUGUUAGAACUGUCUUGUGUUUGGUGAUCGGAAACUAGAGAAUCGGAAGAUCAUGUUUUUGCCAAAUUCCCAUUUAUAAGCUCAAUUUGUGGAGACCUUUUUAUUUUACUCCAAGCUUGUUGCUUGCUUGUAGUUGUAUCUCUUCCACAAGAAGUAUGUAUGAAAAGGAUCUCUUUUUGAUUUGGCGCGUAACAUUUUGGUUUAUUUAGAAGGCUCGAAAAGUCGAAAUGAUGUGAAUCAAGUGAUAUUUUCAGUUGAAGAAAGUGUAGGUCAAUAAAUAAAAAGUAGCUCUAGGCAAUGGUUCUUUAGCUAAACGAACAAAAGUGGGAGCUUCUUGCUUACUGUAUGAAUGAAUGAUUUGUAAACCCUUUUGAUUGUAUGACUAAAAAUAGAUGUUUUGUCUACCCCUUUUAAUGUUUUCUUUUCUUUUUUUGGUUUGUCCACUUAGUACCACUUAUACUCAUUUCCAUUAACUAGGUAUAGUACUCCUUGUACAAGUUGUACUUGUUAUGAAUUAUGAAAUCGAAGGGAUAAAGAUCAUAGAUGUCA